AUGGCGUACCAAACUUCAUAUUAUGCUUCUAUAAAUAUGCUAUAAUGCUUCUUUAUGCUUUACAUAUCUUAGCAUUACACAAUCACAAAUUUCUCAAGCUUACCAUUAAUGGCCUCUUCAACCCUUCCCAAGUGCAUGUCUUCUUUUCCAUCGCCUACCAGACAAUUGGGUUUCUUUCAUUCGGAAACUUUUCCAUUAGCUCAUAAAUUCAAACUUUCUGCAAAAACUAGCUCCAAGAGAAGCAUUGUCACCUCAGCUUUCUUCCUCACCAAACAAGUGCCCUCACCACAAAUUCAGAAAUCUAGUAAUAAAUACUCGGGUGCACAUGUUCAAGAACUAAAAGUAUAUGAAAUAAACGAGAAAGACAGAGAAAGUCCAGCAAUCCUUAAACUAAGUAAGAAACCUAAUCAACUUGCACUUGGUGAUCUUGUUCCCUUCACCAACAAGCUUUACUCAGGAGACUUGCAGAAGCGGUUAGGUAUAACCGCCGGAUUAACCAUACUUAUCAAGCACGAACCCGAAAAGAAUGGCGAUCGAUACGAAGCAAUAUACAGCUUUUACUUUGGUGAUUAUGGCCAUAUUUCAGUUCAAGGACCGUAUUUAUCAUACUAUGAAGAUACUUUUUUAGCUGUGAUCGGUGGCUCUGGAAUAUUUGAAGGUGUAUACGGACAAGUGAAGAUGCAUCAAAUUGUGUUUCCGUACAAGAUUUUCUAUACUUUCUACUUGAAAGGGAUAUCGGAUUUGCCCGAUGAGCUAUUGGGAACACCGAUUGCUCCUUCGCCGACUGUUGAACCGGCUCCGGUGGCUAAGGCUUGUCAGCCAUCUGGGACUAUUCUUCACUUCACUGAUUGAUGUAUAAUUGAUGUUCAUGCAUGGACUCUUCAUUUCUUUCUUUAUAGGAACUAUUCUAUUUAUUUUUUAUUUUUUAAAUCAAUGUAAUUCUUGCUAUACUUUCAUUUCAAUUUGAAAUAAGAACAAAAAAAAUGAUUUGCUAUUUAUAAA